CUUGUGUCAAAUCCUGGGGAACAAAUAGCAGGACCGUCAGACCAGUGCGAGCAUCCUCCAUGAAGCUGCAUCCACCAGCAUCGAAGCCUUGCUCUUGGGAAAUCAGCUCCGAUGGACGGGCCACUACAUCUGGAUAUCCAAGAACUGCCUCCCUCACUAGAUUCUCUUUUCCCAGCUCUCUAUUGGCCAACACUCAAAGGGCGGCCAAAGGAAACAAUACAAAGAAACAUUCAAGGUCACCCACAAGGAUGAAAGCAACAACACCAAUGGCUGUGGGAAGCAAGCUGCUGACUGUUUGGUGUGGUGCCACCUGGUCCACCAAGGCGUGCACCACUUCAAGGCCCAACAACUUAAAUUAGGCAAUUAAUACUAAAAAAUUAUUCUUGACCUAUUGACUAAUCAAAAGAAGUUUUAUAUAUUCCAUAUUUACAGAAGGAGUUGGCAUAGGUUUAGUUUAUUUGAAUUGCCCACAAAAAUCAUGUGGCAUUGCUUCUGUUUCCUGACUGGAGGCAUAUCAUUCUUAAAAACAAGCUUCCAUUGUCUAGACUUGCAUCUAUUAAAUGAAAAUUUGCUUUCUAUUAAUAUUAACCUACAUGAAAUUUUUUCUGCAAACAUAUUUGUCCAUCAAUAACUUAGCUAGCUAAGCUAGCUAGAUAGAUAGCUAGCUAGAUAGAUAGAUAAAAAUACUUUUUAAAGUAUUCAACUAGUACUAAUUUAUGGAAUCAGUUGUGAGGCUUAAGAAAUAUAUCAAUCAUCAAAAUAAUUUCAACUUAAAAAAAGUCCCAACACCAUAGUUUAAAAGUGUGUUCACUAAAUUUAUCUUUUAAUUAAGGAGUGAGCGUUUGCUUUUAUUUGGGAGAAAAACAGAAAUACCAUAGUUUUUUAUUGUUACUAAUAUUAAUUUGCAUGGGUAAAUGGGAUGUACUAAGACAUGCUGUCAAGCCAGGCUUUACUCUUAAGUUAAGUGCCUGUUCAGUGUUAAUGAGGGCACAGUUCAGUUCGGUGAGAAAAAUGCAGCUGAUGCAUCUGACACCACUAUUUAUAGAGCAGAAGAGCAGACUAACAAACUGGUCUUCUUCAACAGACUAUCAGUGGUGACGCUUAACAAGACUUAGAAUCGAUUUCCUCGAGGCAUUCAGUUAAGUUGCUGAGCCCUGAGUCUAAAAAGAGCCCAACAGCAUCACGUAACAGGAGAUGGGGAAUAUGGUUUGUGGAGGCAUAUUGGCAAAACACCACUUGGUGUUGUAUAAGCAACUUUUUUAUAUGAUCUUAUGAACAAGGUUGGUGUGUAUUUCCUCCAUGGCAAACUAUUUUAUCAAGACCUUGUCCUGUGCUCAGGUGCAGAAAAGAGAGAAUGGAAAAAUUUCUGGUGCCUGAUUCAGAAUGGAGCACAACAUUCGGUUUUCUAGUGAGUCUAUUCCAAAUUCAGGGUCUGACACUGAAUACAGAUCUCAGUGUUUGCUUCGAAAGGAUGAGUACAAAUUCCAUUUUCUAGAUUAAAAUUCAUAUUUCCUGUAAAGAAGCUUAAUAAACUUGACAUUAAACCUGUCAGAAAGAAGGGAAUAUAUUUUGCUACUUUUCCUUGGUCUUCCCUCAGGUGGAAAUAUUUCUAAGUCCCUUAAAAGUAAAUAUUUUCUGCAGUUGCAACAUGCUGGCACCAAAUUAGGCUGUUGAAACUGAAGAGAUGUUUGUUUGCUCCUACCUUCAGCUAUUCUGAACUCUUCCUGAUUUUAUACUUGACUGGGAAAGCAGACUGGAGCUUGGAUGCAUAGGACAGUAAAUACAUUAUAUUGCUUAGGUGCUGACAUUGUACAGUGGCUCAUGAAGAACCUCAUCAUUGAGGAUCCAGUGGAAGCAAUACACUUGGGAAGUCUUAUAGCAGCACAGGGCUAUAUCUUUCCAAUCUCAGACCAUGUCCUUACCCUGAAAGAUGAUGGGACUUUCUAUCGUUUUCAGGCCCCAUACUUUUGGCCUUCAAACUGCUGGGAACCAGAAAACACAGAUUAUGCCAUCUAUUUGUGCAAGCGGACCAUGCAAAACAAAGCCAGGCUGGAGCUGGCAGAUUAUGAAGCCGAGAACUUAGCAAGACUGCAGAGGGCUUUUGCACGAAAGUGGGAAUUCAUCUUUAUGCAAGCAGAGGCCCAAGUGAAAAUUGAUAGAAAAAAGGAUAAAACUGAAAGGAAAAUUUUGGAUAGCCAAGAAAGAGCCUUUUGGGAUGUUCACAGGCCAGUGCCAGGUUGUGUGAACACCACAGAAAUGGACAUCAGAAAGUGUCGCCGUAUGAAAAACCCCCAGAAGGUUAAAAAGUCAGUAUAUGGCAUCGCAGAAGAUUCUCAGCCGCAGAGUCCUGUACAUGUGCCCUCCCAACCCAUACGAAAAAGGACAAAAGAGGAUUUCCGAAAACAAAUAACCUUUCUGAAUGUGCAGAUAGACAGACACUGUUUAAAAAUGUCCAAGGUAGCUGAAAGUUUAAUAGCUUACUCAGAGCAGUAUGUGGAAUAUGAUCCUUUUAUAACUCCCGCUGAACCUUCCAAUCCUUGGCUAAGUGAUGAUACUAUCUUAUGGGACAUAGAAAUGAGCAAAGAACCCAGCCAGCAACGAGUGAAAAGAUGGGGGUUUUCCAUGGAUGAGGUGCUGAAAGACCCAGUGGGGCGAGACCAGUUUCUUCGUUUUCUGGAAUCAGAAUUCAGCUCUGAAAACCUUAGGUUUUGGUUGGCGGUCCAAGAUCUCAAAAAACAACCUCUGCAAGAUGUAGCCAUCAGAGUGGAGGAAAUCUGGCAAGAAUUUUUAGCUCCUGGGGCACAAAGUGCCAUCAACCUGGACUCACACAGCUAUGAGAGAACAAGCCAAAACGUCAAGGACCCGGGGAGGUAUACCUAUGAAGAUGCACAGGAGCACAUUUACAAGCUGAUGAAGAGUGACAGCUACGCACGUUUCCUCCGUUCUAAUGCUUACCAGGACUUAUUGCUGGCAAAGAAGAAGCCAGAGAAUGAGCAAGGUCGUAGAACUUCUCUAGAAAAGUUCACUCGCAGUGUGUGUUGCUGGCGCAGAAUGGCUGCCGCGUUACACCCCAGAGGUCGCUACAUUCCAGCGGUGGGGAAAGUCUCUGGCGGGCAAGCGCCUCACAGGCCUGAUGCAGUCCUCCUGACAGCUUCAGCUGAGCGAGCCAUUGCUGACAACCCUGACAAACAGCUGCGCUCAACCUCCGCAGAGGAUGUUUCAUUUUGGGGAGAAUGGGUCACAGUGAGAGAAAAAGAAUGAGAGCAGAGGGGAGAAAAAGGAGAGCAAGAUGGAAAGAUCGGCUCACUGGAGGUUCCUCUUUUCAUAGUUUACAUCAACACUUUCUUACUUGUACAGCUUUAUAACAGCACUGAGUUCUCUAAAGGUACUUUGCUUCCUACUUGGUUUUGGAGGAGCACGCUGCACUGUAUACAGAAGGUCAACAAGGCAGAGGGCUUAGUAUCUUAUUAUUUAAGGAACCAGUCCCAACUGCAACCUAGAGAAAGAAGAGCUGAGCAACAUCAGUAUUAUCCCUUCAUCUCUUCUCUCCCUGGUAAAAACACGGCUGUAACUGAAGCCACUAUUGUCCCCACUACCCACUUGUUCCCUUUCUUGUGGCCAUCUGGAUCCAAUAAAAUAUCUACCAGAAGCUGCUUCGCCUGCUCAAAACAAAAUGUCUAAUUCAUUUCUGCUGCAGACGGAAGCAAUUUCUUUGACUCAAUAUUUUUUUUUAUUUCCUUUCCUCUUUUAAAAUAAUGGUGGGAAAACCACUUCUUUUGGCUUGCUGUCCUCUCAAGGGCAGGUGGCAAAAGUGCAUGGCCAGAUCCUCAGCUGAAGUCAGUGGACCUUAACUAAUUCAUACCAGCUGAUGAUCCAGCCCACAGAGUCAAACUGAUCACAAUGUAAAUCCUCUGACUUACUGGAGUUACUCUGCAUGCACAUCAGUGCAAAUAUGACUCUACCCAGUGGUCACCAGGCAAUGUUUGAGAUGUAUAAUACACAUGUGCACACACACAUCGCCACACAUACACACACAUGCAUAAAGUAUUUAAAGGUAU